AUGGCUGAGUCUCAACAGAGCCAGGAGGCCAGCGCAGGGGGGACUCGCUGCCCCAAAGCUGAUGUUGGCUUUGAGGAUGACCGCAUUCAGACUGCACAAGAAACACCAGUGAAUGAAAUGCCAGAGAAUGAAGCUCUUUCUCCCACACGCACCACAAACGGGGUAUUUUUCAUUGAUUUAGCCAACAAGCCACUGCGAACCAACUUGCCAGGGUUCUCAAGUCUAGAAUAUCUGGAAGAGCCGCACAUGGAAAAGAACCUGACUGUAAGCAUCCUCAGAGACACGAAUCGCCUGAGGCACCUGAAGGCCCUCUGCUUAGAUCAGAAUCACAUACAGGACAUAUGCGAAGAACUGGGGGAGCUGAAAUGUCUUCUGAGCUUAGAUUUCAGCAACAAUCCCUUCUCUUGUAGUUUGUUGCCAGUUAUCAGCAAGUUGCAGUCCCUUCAUGAGCUCAGGCUCUAAAACUUGCACAAAAUCCCAGUGCAGAUCUGUGAAUACCUCCAUCACAUUGAAUUGCUUGGCCUUUCUGACAAUAAUUUCAAGUGCCUGCCUAAAGAAAUAGAGAACCUGACAAAACUCAAGGAAAUUUACCUCCAGAAAAAUAGAUUAAGUUUUCCCGUGGAGCUUUGUCAUAUUGCUAACUCAGAAAUAAUAGAUCUGGAACAAAAUCUAAUCAGUCUCAUUCCAGAAGAGGCAGGCUUUUUGACAAACUUAGUUAAGAUAUUUUUGGCUUUUAAUAACUUAUCCUCCAUUCCUCCUACACUGCAACACUGCCAGAAGCUGGCUGUGCUGCAUCUGUCUCAAUCUCCGCACAAGCUUCCCCCAAGUUUGAAGAAUCUCACUGAAAUGAGAGUUCUCAGACUGUCUGCUAACAGCCUGGAAAAGUUCCCACAACAGAUCUGCUGCUGGCUGUCCCUUUCCUGUGUUUAUCUGAGGAACACCAGACUGUGCACAGUACCCGGGUCCUUCACUAGAUUAACCGGUGUCAGGAUACUAGAUCUGAGUGAAAAUACCUUUGAUGAGAUUCCUAAAGGAAUAUGCACUAUGAAAAAUCUUUAAGUAUUGGCCCUGGAGAGCAGUCAGAUACAGGAGGGAUACCUGUGGGCAGGGAAAGAACUGACAAAUUUGAAAUGCCUUAGCCUGUCUGAAAACCAAUUCAGUAUCUUUCCAAAGGAAAUCUUUCUCCUGGAGUCAUUAGAGAGAUUAUACCUGGGACAAGAUAAUGGAAUUCAAUUCACAAGUCUGCCAGAAGACAUCAGCAAAUUGCAGAAUCUGAAAUAACUGCAUAUGGAAUAUGGAGAGUACCUGUCUGCAGCCAUCGGCCACUUGAAAAUGCUCGACUGUCGCAACAAUCUCCUGAAACAGCUCCCAGGCUCCGUAUGCCAAAUACAAGGUUUGCAAAAACUGCUUGUUCAAAAGACAUUAUUCCAGCUGUCCGAGGAUUUGGACAGUCUUCAGCAGUUGGAGCUGGUCCUUGCAGAUGGGAACGCUAUGACAGACCCUCCGACUGAAGCGUGCAGUCAGGGAACAUCUGCCAUCUGGGAAUACUUAUAGGAGGAAAGGUGCAAAAGGGCCAUGAACUUAAAGAUCCAAAGUUUGUGGUGUGGGUUGAGGAGCCAGAAGGAGAUUAGUCCUUUCUUGGCACUUAAGAAUCUAAUGAAAAAAAGAAGAAAAAGAAAGAAAAAGGAAAGGUAAAAGAGAAGCCUGUAA